AAAGGGCGAGACCGGAAGGAGACACAGGGCGCCGCCAUGACGGUUUGGGCCUAAAGAGAAUGAGCAGCUGGCUCGCUCGGCCACCGGAAAGAGCGAGGCUCGGAGGGAUGGACUGGGCGCCGCCAUGACAACCUGAUACCGGAAAAGGCGGUCAGCUCCUCCCAUGCUGAUCCCACACCGGCAUCAAUAUGCAAGCAGCCCUGGAGAUCACUGCCCGCUACUGUGGCCGGGAAUUGGAGCAAUAUGGCCAGUGUGUGGCAGCCAAGCCUGAGUCAUGGCAGCGGGAUUGCCACCACCUCAAAAUGAGCAUUGCUCAAUGCACAUCCUCCCACCCAAUCAUCCGUCAGAUCCGCCAGGCCUGUGCUGAACCUUUUGAGGCCUUUGAGGAGUGUCUUCGGAAGAAUGAGGCAGCAGUGGGCAACUGUGCAGAGCAUGUGCGCCGCUUCCUACAGUGUGCUGAGCAAGUGCAAUUGCCACCUUCACCCUCGAAUGUGGAACCACAGCCACUUCCUGCCUCCUGAGGAUUCUUUGGAUCAUAGGAAAAGAGGACAAGAGUGGACACCUUUACCUGAAGAAUGGUCAGAUGAAGUUCUAAGGGCUGUGGACAUGGGCGUGGCUUCCCUGGACAUCAGGACUCACAGUAAAUAAAGACUCUGUAUCAAGUCUUGAUUCUAACCUAUGGUACCUUAGGGUACUCUGCACCCUAAUUUCACCUAGUGUACUAAGGAAGAGCCUGGGAGGGGGCAGAAUGUUCCAUUUGUUCACCAUGGCUAAGAAAUUUAACAGUCAUAAAUUUCACCAGCUAUAUUCUGUCUCCUACAUGGACUUGGGGAAAGUUUCUUUCUCUCUUCUACUCUUGCAUUUACUAAAAAAUUUUUGAGCAUUUUUUGAGUACUUGAGGCUUCAAGUACUAGAAAUAAUCUUUCACUUCUGAGUUCCACACCAAUUGAGUGAUAGAAAUGGGUAGUAGGCAUUGGAAAUAAAAAUAUGGGUUUUAUUCCUGAAAACAGUUGUAUUGAAAGAUGUGACUUGGAGUCUGCUGUACUGGAUUUCUCUCUUGGUUUGUAUUCUACAGUCUAGUGCUGACAACUUUAGUUCAAGUGGUAUAUUUGGAACUUGAUUCUAGUUCUUGAUCAAGAACACGAUUUUUGAUUCUAAUGGAACUAGAAGUUGGAGGGGGGUAGAGAGGGAAGACAGAGGGAAAUAAAAGGUGAAGUAGCCAGUCAGUCCCUGCUGCUGGGGCUCAGUCCCUCUGGGAACUUCUGCAGAGAACUUACCAAAGUUAUCCCAUCUAAGAGGUAAAGAAAUUGGAUAGCUGUCCUCCAAUCUGUAAUUGAAGGCUAUUUUCCUGGGCAGUGAUUGACAUAUUUGCCUACCCUAGAGGCACAAGUAUGCUCCUGACAUCAGAAGUGAUCCCUGGGCAGAACAUGUCAGAAUCAAGUGAGCAGCCUCCAGAUUAGAUCUGGGCUGGUACCAACAGUGGCUGCUGCGAGUUCUUAAUGUCUUCAAGGUCACAGGCUCUGUGGGUUUGAUCACAGGGACUCCAGCAGGGCCAGGUCCUCCAGCGC